UGCCCCUCAUAUUAACCCGUCAUACAUAAUAAAUUUUUAAAAGAUUAUUAAGCCAUCAUAAUUGAUACAUUGCCAUAGUUACCUAUACCUGACAACAUCUUAUGGGACGACGUUUUAUCAUCAUUUGGAAAUCCUUAGGUUUUUUUUUAAUUUCAAGAAAAAACUUAAAUAUUAUAUGUGUAUUUCCAAAGAUAGAUACCUCUCCACUCAAAUAGAGAAAAAAUAGAAAUCUCAAAUUUUCUGAACCUCUCCAACCAAAAACCACCUUCAAUCAACCACAGCCAAUCUGUGUCCCCAAACAAAACCAUUGUUUCACUUUUACCUUCCUCUCUCUAGAGAUAUAUAUCCCUCAGCCUAUUGAUGCAAAAUCCAUAUGACCCCAAAAAAAAUUGCAUUUAUAUGUUUAUAUUAUAAAGCUUUUACUAAAAUUAUCUAUAUACUUCUUUUUUUUUUUUUUUAAUUUUUUUAAAAAAGAUAAGUGUAUACCCACCGUCUAGCGCUGUGUAACUGAACCAAGAAGGAACAAUACCACCCAUUGUUUUAGAACUCUUUUUCUCUGUCUUUAUCUGGAUAAGUAUGACCUUAAGACCAUUUAAUCCAAUAGGCAAUCAACGCCCCCAAGCGUUGCACAAGGACGCGUGACCUUUGCUUGGGGACAAAACUAAGGAACUCCCUUCCAUCUGUCCCUCAUGAACUCCAUGCAACCCAUGCCCUUUCUCUUCCCCAACCACUCCAACGUGGCAUGUUCUGAUUGGGGGUACCCUCUUGGGCCCACUGGGACCCACCUAGCCAUGUCAUCAAACAGGCUUUUAGGAACCCCAAUCACACGGCUCUGGGGGAACUAAGUGUCAGCCUUAAUGCAGGCGGAGGUUCGGAGGCACAACUCUAUUCAACACCCUCAUUCUCAAUACUAUUGGCCACACGUGCCAAACCAUGCAAUGAAAUGCUCAACACGUACACAAACAACAGCACAGGUGCCAGCACCUCCUCCUUCCCUCACAGCCCCCUUUCAUAUCCCCUUUUGAUUGAAUUUGCCAUCAAUCUCUUUCAAAUCUCUGAGAGGAUGCAGCAGAGGCAGGAGCCUGGCGAGGUGGCCAGAACCAAUGCGAUUAUGGCUAGGUUCCGGCCAAUCGCACCAAGGCCGGAGCUGAUGGAACCGCCACGGCAGCGAUCCAUCAUUGCAGAGCUCCACCUGCGAAGCCGGCCAUACCGGACUCGCAGGGGCCGGAGCAGCACCAGCAUCCCACCUAUCCUGUUAAAGCGCCAGCGUAAUUCAACAGAAUACAUACAACCAUGCCCUCCUCCAAGACAACUGCCAGCAGAAUUGGUGAAACCUAAAGUGAUGGUGCCAAUGCCAGUGAGACCAACACCAUUGAGGCCAAUUACCUCGCACAUCCGUAUCAUCGGCAAUAUCAUUGAGAUACUCAAACCGAUGAGGACACUUGUGACAAUGAAACCGGAGGAUGUUGAGGAGAGGAUUGAGAUGGAUGACUUUCCGGCAAUCAUCUCUGACCAGAAGAACAGAGCUAGGCUGAUGAACUCUGCUUAUAAAGAGAUGGUUAAGCAGCCUGAGUGCGUCUGGUUUGACACCAUGGGGAUUAGACAGGGGAGGAGGCUGAGGUCAAGGAGGAUCAAUGGGGUGGUCACUUUGGGCCUCCCGGAGAAUGUGUCCUUGCCACAGAAUGGGUUUUCAUGCAGUGUUAACAUUGAAUGGCAGAACAAUGGAAAGAAGUUUAUUGGGAAUGUACCUUGUGAGGUUCUGAAGCUUUGCUGUGAAUCCAUGAACUACAGCUUUGUGUGGAGGUUUCACAUCAACCAGGGAACUGUGAUCAACAUGGAAGCUUAAUUGAGCAACAUUGUG